CAUUCAGCUUUCCCCUUAACCCUCACACUCUCUGCUGCAGAGGACAAAGUUCCGUGUUCCUGGAAGUGUAUGGAGUUGAAGAAGUGUUUGGGGUUCAAAGUGCGCUCUGUUGUAUACUGGGGUUGGUAGUUAGGAAAGAAGAUGAGUACCGUCCCUAAACAGCAGAUGUUUUGCCUGAAAUGGCCGUGGGAUGUCAAUAAAGACGCUACAAGUCCUAGCCCUUGUAGCUUCGAGGGUCCUUGGCUAUUCAAAUCCUUGCAAAACCUUGGAUCAUUAGCUCUCAAUUCAGUAAACUCCAUGUCGAAAUCCUCGGGUUCAUGGUUUCCUAAGUUUGACAUUCAACAAUUUACCAUGGGGGCCGGCCAAAACGGUGACUUGAAGUCGAAAAGAAAGGUAUUGACUCCUAAAGAGCAGGGAGAGGCAGAGCAUAGGGCUUUUGCGUCGGCACUGGCUAGUGGGAAGGAGUCCACAGUGAUUGAGUUUUACUCUCCCAAGUGUAGUCUAUGCAAUUCCUUGCUUCGGUUUGUAUUGGAGGUAGAGAGUAGGAACUCAGACUGGCUUAACAUUGUCUUGGCAGACGCAGAGAAUGAGCAAUGGCUGCCUGAGCUUCUCAAUUACGAUAUCAAAUAUGUUCCUUGUUUUGUGCUGUUGGACAAAAAUGGGAGAGCACUCGCAAAGACUGGUAUUCCAAGCAGUAGGCUACAUGUAGUGGCCGGUCUCUCUCACCUUCUCAAACUAAAGCGACCUACAUCAGACGGCAGCUCGCUCUCAUCUCCUCAAGGGUGAACGACUGCUUCAUUUGUGAAAUUGCCUAAACUAGAGUUGUCAUCAACCAACCGAACACAGAUAUGCAGCAAAGUUGGUUGUUGGAGUGAUCCUGAGAAAACAUAUUUUUAAAGACUAUUUUACAGUCAGUUCAUGGGCUGAUUUUUCUCUUGCUGCUGGUGAGAUUUUAGUUUCCAUUCUCCAUUGAAGUGUUGAACCAUCCAUUCCCCAAGUUUUUUUCUUUUUCUUUUUCUUUUUGGCCAUAAUUCCCCAAGCAAUUCAGAGCCAAGCUUUCCAAUUAGAGUAUUAGCCUUUUCCUUCUUUGCCGUAGACUCUACCGGUACAGAGACAACAGUGGAAUAAUAAAGGCUUGCCACAGAAAGGAAUAAUUAUCUUUAUUCUGUGAGAGCCUCAAAUUCAAAGAUCGAUCAAAUUAAGUACUCUACAAAAUGCCCUUAAUACCUUGAGUUUGGGUGCAUUGAAGAAAUGGUAUUUUUUGGUCAAUUUGAGUUUGGACUGGCAUUGUUUUUGCCUAUCUGAAUUGUAAAACAGCAGUCUCAUCCCUUGUAUAAACUAAAACCAGUUCU